GGCUAGCGUUGAACACACAAGAACGGAGUGAGAAAUACAAGAGAUAGAGGUGACGCGCUGGAAGGCUUGUUCUUUGCAUAAUGUAGUAUGCGAAUCGACACUGGACUGAAGGCACGGAAAUCGAGGAUGAGGAGACACCAGAGAUCAAGAUUUAGUCUGAGCACGGUCGUUGGCACGCGUACGUUACAGAUCUUGGUAUGCUUAUAUCUGGAGACAUGGUAUGCUCCAAUCCCCCAAGAUAGACGCUUGCUGUAUAUUGGGAUUUGUAGAAAGAUAUCGUACGAGGUGACCAAAUGAUGCAGACAUAGGAUGAACAACGCCAAGACCCCUCAGAAGAUAAUCAGGUGGAGUAGGUACUGGCAAAUACAACGAGCGUUCCGUGUCAC